AUGGUCAAUGAGUACGGCGAAAGUACGGGGGUAGACUCUCCUUCAAAUGUAGAAGGAAGUGCUACGCCCAGAUCUGAGGCUUCUGCAUCCAGACGAACACCAGCAGGGCUGGUGCCUUCAAAAAUCCAGCAGCCAAAGCCGCAGGCCCUCCCAAGCAGAAGCACCCCUUCAGCUAUCCUUGUUUCGACGAGACAAAAGGGCAACCCAAUAUUGAAUCAUAUCAAACUUCUGCCCUGGGAAUAUGCCGAUAUCCCGGCUGAUUACGUGGUUGGGGCGACUACUUGUGCUCUCUUCCUAUCAUUGAAAUAUCACCGCUUACAUCCUGAAUACAUCUAUUCUCGAAUCCGACUCCUCGCAGGGAAGUAUCUGCUUCGUAUUCUCUUGAUUAUGGUAGACAUCCCAAACCAUGAAGACAGUUUAAAGGAGCUAUCCAAGACCUCAAUCAUCAACAACCUCACCCUGACCCUUUGUUGGUCCGCUCCUGAAGCUGCGCACUAUUUAGAAUUAUUCAAGUCCUCCGAAAACUCCCAACCGACUGCAAUCCGCACCCAGCAAGCGCAAUCGUAUAAGGAGUCACUUGUUGAGUUUGUAACGGCUCCCAGAAGCAUAAAUAAGUCCGAUGCGGCGAGUCUCAUCUCCACAUUUGGAAGUCUGCAAAAUGCUAUCAACGCGCAGCCAGAACAGAUCAGCGCUGUACCCGGCUGGGGUGAGAAGAAAGUUCGGCAGUGGUGUAAUGCGGUGAGAGAAGACUUUAGGGUGGAGGCAUCGAAGAAAAUAGCGGCACCUGCAAAAGACUUAAAUAGUCAAAAGAACAACGAACCUACGAGUCGAAACACCGAAAUGUCAACUUCAAUGAAUGCACAUGAUGAGGAUGAAGAGGCAAUACUAGCAGCAGAAUCAGAAGUCGCGCAUGUGGUGUCUCAGGGCAGCCUCGUUGAACGUGUCCAUCCGGACAAAGCUGCUCAGCAGGAAGGAAUGAGUGAUGGUAUAUUGGCAGCUUUGGCAAAACUUAGAGAAAGCAGUGGAUAA